GUGCCCGUGCUGUGGUGGAGGACAAUAUUGGUGGCGCCGUAUCCCCCGCGCCGAGGUAAACACGGCGGCAUGGCGGCCUUCAAGAAGACACACACGCGCGGCUACUCUCGCGCGGCCGCCAAGACCACCUCGGACACGCUCUACUGGAAGAAGCUUGACUUUCCAGUGACAGUCAAAGAGUUCACAGCAAUAGACAGUGUGGACGUGAGCCCUGUGGAUCCUCACUACAUAGCCGUCACUUCUGGGCCAAAGGUUGAUGUGUAUCACCGGGAGACGACACAGGUGUGGCGCACCAUCUCCAGGUUUCAGCGGUCAGCCUACGGAGGAAAGUUUAGACAGGAUGGUCAGCUGCUGGUGGCGGGCACAGAGGAAGGUGUAGUCAAGCUCUUUAACCACAGACAAAAGCAGCUCCUCAGGAUAUUUAAAGGACAUGAAGGUGCCACUCAUCGCGUUGACUUCAUUCAGGGCGUCCCACAUAUUGUCUCCUUCUCCGAUGACAAGACAGGUGUUGUUUGGGACAUCAGCAAUGAGGACAAAAUCUGCACCCUUUCUGGACACACGGACUUCAUUCGAGCCGGGAUAACAAGUCCUGCCUCUCAGCACAUCAUCCUGACUGGCUCGUAUGACCACACAGUGCGGCUAUGGGACACUCGCACGGCCACCAGCGUGUUGACAGUGGACCACGGCACACCAGUGGAGAGUCUGGUCUGCUUUCCUUCAGGAGGUGUCUUUGUAUCUGCAGGUGGGUGUGAGGUGAAGGUGUGGGAUGCCAUUGCUGGUCGCCUUCUCUCCAAGGUGUCCCAGCAUCACAAGACCGUCACCUGCCUUGCCUUCGCCAGUGACAACAAACGGCUCCUCUCGGGCUCCCUCGACCGCCAUGUCAAGAUUUACGACGUGGACACUUACUCUGUGGUCCAUACACUUGACUAUCCCGCACCCGUCCUGUGUAUGGCUGUGGCGCCUGGAGAUGCUACACUGGCAGUGGGCAUGAUCGCUGGUGGGUCGGGACUCGUGUCCUUCCAGCACCGUCGUGACCCUGAAGCCUCAAAGCUGGCUGCCAAGGAAGCCAAUACCAAGGCCAACAUCAGGAACACCGUCUCAGAUGACUUCAGGACCCUCUCAGAUGACCAUAUUGUCCCUGGCAUGACCACACAGAAAAUGGCCAAGUAUGACAGGAUGAUAUGCAAGUUUGAGUACAGCCGUGCCCUCGAUGCUGUCAUGCUCUCCUUCAUCGCAAACAAGUGCACCAGCAUUUCUGUUGGUGUCUUGCAGGAGCUGAUCAGACGAGGGGGCAUCAGGACUGCAGUGGCCGGCAGAGACGUGAAGAAACUCACUCCCCUCCUCAUGUUCCUCAUCAAGAACAUCCGACACCCGGCAUACAAGCCGGUCCUCAUGGAUGUUGCUAAUAUUGUCAUUGAUGUUUAUGGUGACUCCCUGGAUGAGAACCCACAGCUAGUGAGACACUUUCGACGGCUGAAGGAUGAGGUUGCUGCAGAACUUCAGCUGUGUAAGGAGCACAGCGCACUCAUGGGGGCGAUACAGAUGUUCCUCACCACCUCCAGCCCUCAUGCCAACACCUCCUCCCUGGUUAGUGUGCAGCAGCUGGCCACCACGGAGGGUCACAACACACUAUCUCGGAUGCUGCACCCGUCAUCCUCUGCCAAGUCCGCCUCUAGUCUGGUGGUGGAUGUUAUCUGACCCAGCGCACCUCCAUGAAAAGAGGGAAAUAAAAAUGUCUUAUAUUG